UAUACGAGCCGGCGUGGCGACCCAUAGCGUGAACCCAUGUCGAACGCUGUGGUCGAACGACUCGUGAUCGUGGAUGCCUCGGCUUCUCUAGUAUCUCUAGCUCUGAGAGUGAAGGCAUCAGUCGAGUCCAGAAAAGUGAUGUAUUUGAUGACUGGCCUGGUAAGCGGCAUCUUUCUGUUUUUGAUUGAACCUUUCCCGACAAUUCUUGCUCAAGGAAAUUAUGACCUGAGGCUUGUCGAAGGAUCAAGGCCUUCUGAAGGGAGAGUGGAAAUCUAUUUGUUUUUACAAUGGGGAACAGUGUGCUAUGAUGAUUGGGAUGACAAUGAAUCUGUGGUGGUCUGUCGCCAGCUUGGCUAUUUUGGAGUAUCUGAAACAUUCUCCAAGAGUGCCGUGUACGGUGAAGGAACCGCCGUAAUCCGGUUAGCUGAGGUGAGCUGUACAGGGACGGAGACAUCAUUGUCGUCCUGCUCUCAUCGUCGCACCUGGGCGAGUAAUGAUUGCACUCAAGAUGUAGGGGUCAGAUGUCUAGAAGACUCUGAAGGAUCACUGAGAGUGACUGGAGGAAAGGACGUAAACGAGGGGCUCCUCGAGAUUUACCAUCUAGGGACUUGGGGUACAGUCUGCUUUACAGAGUGGGACAUGGUUGACGGUCUGGUAGCCUGUCGACAACUUGGUUACCCAGGCGUUGAUAUGGUAGGACUCGCCAGUGGACAAGGCACGGGGAAAAUCUGGCUAAACACUGUUCGUUGCAGCGGCAUCGAGAAGAGACUUGAUGAAUGUCAUCAUGGAAUUUGGGACACCAACGAUUGUGACCAUGCAGAUGAUGCCGGAGUCAGGUGUGCAUUGUUCCCAGAGGGUAACCAAACACUUAGACUGGUGGAUGGGGAGACUGACAAUGAGGGGCGGCUAGAGCUUUUCCUCAACAAUGAAUGGGGCACAGUGUGCGAUGAUGAGUUUGAUAUCGACGAUGGUGAAGUGGCCUGUCGUCAGCUUGGUUAUCCAGGGGUCCAUUCGGUGUACGGAGAAGCCUCGUUUGGGCGAGGUUAUGGGAGCAUUUGGCUGGAUGAUAUGCAAUGCAGUGGCACCGAGCUGACAUUGACUGACUGUCUCCGUGGUAUUAGUGAUCAUCAUGACUGUUUGCAUACUGAAGAUGUAGGCGUGAGAUGCUUAGCAAGGUCUGGUGAUAUGUCAGUGCGCCUGGUGGAUGGACCCUCGGACAAGGUUGGCCGUUUAGAGGUCUUCCAUGAUCACCAAUGGGGCACUGUCUGCGAUGACGGCUGGGACGCACUGGACACUCGAGUGGUUUGCCAGCAGCUUGGGUUUACCGAGAACGGAGCUUACUUCAUGGCAGCUGAUCAUGGGUACGGGACGUCGACAGGGGAGUCCAGUGCAAUAUUUUUGGAUACGGUAGAAUGCAUCGGGGAGGAAGAGCGGUUGGAGCACUGCACUCACGAUGGCUGGGGAGUGCAUGACUGCCAACACUCGGAGGAUAUAGGCAUAGAGUGCUAUGUCAAAGGUAGUGGUCCAUCGGUUGGGGUGAUGGUUGGAAUUGGUGUUGGAUGCUUAGUGGGAGUUUUGCUUCUCUGUCUUUGCUGUUUGAAGUGCAAUAAAAGGACACCAUCGCAACACAGGGCAGUCCCCACCGAGGACGUUCCCAGUCCAGGAGCAGUGCCUUUGGGUGAUGUACAUGUACCAAGGGAAGGUACACCAGAACAGAACAAUAUCCAUCCUGUAAUGGAUGCGGUGGGUCUACCGCCCCCAUCGUAUGAUGAAAUCAGAAAUUAUAAAUCUGUAGGUCUCGAAGGCAUCAGUCCAUCGGGGGAAAACCCCAAUCAGAGUCUUUACCCAUUACCUUCUGCCCCCUACCCGCAGACACACCUACCACCUCCUGCACCCCACCCUCAACCCUCUGCCCCCUACCCUCAAACACACCUACCGCAUCCUGCACCCCACCCACAACCCUCGGCACCCUACCCCCCACCAUCAGGUGCUUCUGGUACCUACUAUUAUCCUGCAGCUGAUUCAGGGGUUGUUCCAUCUUCACCCCUGGAGUCCUAUCCAAACAAUGCACCGUACUCUACUAGAAAUUGCACCUCAGUAUGAUUACAAUACUUUAAUAGGCCCCCAUCUUCCUUGGAGUUAGUUGAUUCAAAGAGCCAUCUUCUGAACUCCAGUUUAACUCCAUGGUCUAUCAAGUCUUGGCUAAAAUUAUGGGAAGUUAUAAGCGUAAAAAAUGUUCUUGUAUUUACUUGGAUCCUUCCCUUGGUUUGAUGGAGAAGAAAACUGCUGUAUUUAUCAUUUCAAGACAAUUUCGAAUGAUUUGAAUGCCAAUUAUGAUGAUAAAUUGAUCAUAUGAUUUUAGAUAUUGAUGUCAUUUUUGGCUUUCCAUAUUUAAACCACGUUUUUUUACUAUGGUUUAAGUUGAACCAGAGUUCAGUAUACGGGCCUAAAUAUUUUCAAAUGUCAAAAACCAGCAGAGCCACACCUUGCCAUCGAUACAACACUUCUAUCUGAAUCUAUUCUAGAGAUAUGAUGACAUUGAUUUUAGUCGCACAAUACCUCUAUGGACGACGGGGCCGUGUACCUUGUUACAUGAGAUUAUACAAUCAAUAAUAUGCCCAAUGUUGUAAUCAAUCAUUGAAUUGCUUGUAUAUUUUAUGUCAGUGGACACUUGUUAGUACUAUAUUCUAUUAUAUUUAUGUAUUUUUAUUGUCCUUGAAUGAUUGGAUGAUUGGCGUGGAAGCACCGUGGUGUAGCGGUUCUGAUUCUCGCCUUGUAAUCAGAGGGUUGUGUGUUCGAAUCCCACCAUGGCCUAGCGUCCUUUGACAAGGCGUCAAUCCACAAUUUGCCACUCUCCACCCAGGUGUUAAAUGGGUACCAGGUAGGAUGCCUAGCAAUUGAGUCUUGGAACUCUUGUUGGAAUGCUCCCCAGGGAAUGGAGAAGGUACAUACAUUGUACGCGGGCAUGCAAGGAUCCGAUGACCAGGGUAAAGCGCUUAGAGACGUCGUUCUGUGUUAAGCGCUAUAUAAAUGCGGAAUAUCAUUAUUAUUAUGAUAAUUAUGUACCAAAUCUUGCCCAAGUGUGUAUAUUGUACAGGGAAUAAUUUGCUUUACAAAUUUGAAUAGCAUUUUUGGUCAUAAGAGAAAAGCUACUAUUAAUGUACAAUCCUAUGUAAAAAUAUGCUAUACAAAAGACUUUAAGCAUAGCAGUCUAUCAAGUCAGUCUGUCAUGAGAUUUUAUUAGUAGAUUACAAUUCAAUAUGAUACCAGACUCUGAAAAGCAAUAGACACCCCUACAAUAUACCUGUUUAUUUGGGACUUUGUGAAUUAUUCUGGCCCAUUGGGAAUUAAAUAGAUUCUAUUGGUCGUUUAGCAAAUUUCCACUGUUUCUGAUCAACAACAUUGAUUCUGUAUGCUUGCCAAAAUUCCAAUGAAGGCUGAUAUGAGACAGUCUUCAUGUUUAAUCAAUUGAGUGAUAUUUCAGGUAUGAUGUUGUUGGUAAUCUUGGGAGCGUUUCAUGAAAGGACUUGUUGGGACGUUUAUCUGACAAGUCCAGAUUUAUCUGACAGUUACCAUAGUAACAUUGCCUCUCAGCCAAUAAAAAUCCAGGAAAGAUGUCAGAUCUGACAACUUGUCGGACAAAAAUGUUGAUAAAAAUGCUCCCCCGAUUUACUUUGAGAAGCCAUGUGAGGUGCCUAAUUGUAACUUAUUAUAAUUCACUGUUCAAUUUGCCUCCAAGAUCAUUUGAAGAUCUAUAUCUGGUUGUGAAGAAAUAUAGAUGACAAGUACACCCCACCAAAAAAGUUGAUUUUGAAAGAGAAAAAUCCAACAAGCAUAAUGCUGAAAAAAUCAUCAAAAUUGGAUAUGAAAUCAGAAAGGUAUGAAAUUUUAAAGUUUCGCUUAAUUUCACAAAACAGUUAUAUGCACAUCCUGGUCAGUAUGCAAAUGAGACUGAUGACAUCACUCACUAUUUGGUUUGUAUUUCAUUAUAUGAAUUAUUUAAAUUUUCUCCCCAUUGUCAUGUCAAACAAAGUUUUAUUCCACCUCGAACAUGUGGAAUUACCAUUUUUUGGUAAAGUAAAGUUGGUGAUUAUUGUCAAUUCUGUAAAAAAUUGAAAUAUUGUAUAAAUCAAAUAAUACAAAGUGAAAGAAAUAGUGAGUGAUGGACAUCAUAGACUGUCUCAUUUGCAUGUCAUCGGGUUAUAACUGUUUUGUGAAAAAUAAGCGAAACUUUGAAAUCUCAGAACUUUCUUAUUUGACAUCCGAUUUUCAUGAAAUUUGCAGUGUUAUACUUGUUUGAAUUGUCUAUUGAUUCAAAUCAACAUUUUUUUGGGGGUAGACUUGACCUUUACUAAAUUAUAGAAGUUAUACAAUUUAUAUUGAUACAAAAAGCUCCUGAACACAAUUUGAACUUUGUCUUAGAUUCAAAUUGCUGCACAUGGUCUCAUGAAAUUGCCAUCAACCUCACAUAACCUGCGAAGUGAUUUCUGUUGAAAAUACCCUACUCUAAAACCAAAGCAACUCUUGGAGACUCUGCAUUUAGCUAAGAACCUCCGAAACUGUGGAACCAACCCCCCCUUAGCAUUAGAAUGGCCCAAUCUGUACCUGCUUUCAAAACAUUAUAGAAGACACAUCUGUGUAGGGCAGUGUUCAAGUAGACCAUUGGUUUUUAUAAAGUUGUAUAAGCAAUAGGAGUAACCAAAGCUCAGUAGAGUAUAUCUAUAUAGUGGCUGCGCUAUACAAUUAUAAGAUAUAAAACAGUUUUUUCAUGUUCUUUUAGACUGAGAGAUCAUAUUACAAAAAAAUUGGGAAUGUUUGAUAGACUUUCAUACUCGAAACCUUCAAAAGGACAUCCCAUAGUUCAUCUUAACCCGUACUUACAGAUAAGAUAGACAAGCAGGUUUCCAAAGAAAAUGGGUAGAGUGAUAGCAAGGCUGAAAUAUAGACAGCUCUAUAUUCACUAUGAAUUUCAGUGCUGUCUUUAUUGUAGCCUUCUAUACAUCUGAAAUAUAAAUAUAACGGUACAAUUUGAAUAUUGAUUUGAUCUUUUGAUAGAUUUUAUUUCACACCUCAGUAACAAAGGAAUAUAUAAGUAUGAUCAUUUUUCAACAUUGCAUGAAAAUAAACAAACAUUUUCCAACAUGAUUAACAUGAAAAAUAUUAUUCUUAUGAAAUUUCCUCUUUUUUAAAUUGUUGAAAUAUGUAUAUGAAAUAAUAUAUAUACAUGGUAUUUAUAAUUGCACACUUUUAUCGUUACAGAUCUAUUGUGAUAAAUGUCAAGGGGGAAGGGGGGAGCUGAAUCCAUCUCUCAAAGUCUUAUUAGGUUUUUAAAAAGCAGCAUAAAAAUGUAACAGUCAUUAUCAAUGCAUUAUUCUGAAACAAAAAUCCCAUCACGUCUUUGAUUAAUGAAGUGUCAGUUGUUUAACAACGCAACCAAAGCUAGCGGUUGGUUUUGGAAGAAUUUGCAAGCAGUGUGUUUUUUUUCUUCUCCAUUUCCAAUACAUCUAACUUGUAUAAACCAUGGAUCAUAUUUUCUUCUAGAAGCCCAUAGUAAUAUAAAAGAGUGUUUGGUAUAAUUUUUCUUGCUCUUUUACAUUUCAUUAGGGCAUUGUAAUGAACAUCAUUCUGGGGUUGUAUAGCAUUAUUACGAUUGGAAUAUUUUCAUGAUUUUGAGUUUUUAAUAUAAUUCAUAUUCUAUUAUCAUCAUUAUUUUUACUACUUUUUUUAACUAGUAUAUUUCUUUUCAUUUUCAGGGGGAAGAAUAAGACCAAUAUAUCAUUUAUGUACUAGGAGUAUGAGGUAUUUGGAAUGCUUGCCAACAGUGUUUUACUGGAAAUUGAAGUGUACUAAAAAUGCGAGGUGAGAGGUGGCAGCUAAUGUGAUAUAGAUAUACUUCUUUCAAACAAAACAAACUGUCUAUUUCUUUACUGAAUGAUAAAAUGUUUAAGUUCCUACUAUAAUCUGUAUUUUUUCAUGAUUGGUACUUUUCAGUAUUUAUUAGAUCUGUGUCAUGGGUUAUUUGGCAUACAUUUCUUGUUUUUGUGUGAUAUCAUGAAUGUGUAAAAUUGUGUAUGCAUUUCAAAAGAAUUGGUUUAUGUAUGUUUUUUGGCAGAGAAUCCUCAUGGUCUAUUUUGAGCUCAGUACUGGUCACCUUGGGACCUGAUGCAUGAAACUUUAAAUCAAUUGCAACUCAUCUGAAUCAUUUGAUUGGUUUUAUAUUGAAUUUGUAUUUGUUUGGGGUUGAUUUUGAUCACAAAGUUUUAUGCAACAAGCCCCUGAUUUUAUUAGAAUCAGGAAGAAAUACAUCUUUAUGUGUUGAAUUAUUUGUGAGAUAUAUAUUCAAUAUGUCUUUUGUGUGAUAAUUAUAUUGUAUUCAGAGAAUAUAUAUCAAAAUAUUGUGUAAUUGAAUAAUAAUGUAGACUGUA